AUGGCCGAAAACGAAGACUUCGCUGACGCGCAAGACGCUGCGCAAUUCACUAGCACAGCCAUGAUCCAAUCCGUAUUUGGAAAGAUGCCGUUUCCAAAUUUACAAUCAAUCACAAACAUAGAAAUGUUCUUCACGAAGUUAGAAAGUUGGUUCGCACUACAAGGACUCGGUGCACGAAAAGAACAGGAAAAGUUCGUUGCAGUCAUCGCCUACGCAGACCCCAAAUACCUGAACAAUCCACCCGAAACUGCCCCUUAUUCCACCUUAAAGGAAGCGAUCCUUUCAAAGUUCACGGACUCGGAAAUGGUACGUUUGGACAGACUCGCAACUGGAAUUCAGCUCGGCGACAGCCGCUCAAGCCACUUACUCUGCCAACUGCAAACCAAGGCAACCUGCGACGAAUCAGUAGUACGACGCUACUGGAUCAAACGUUUGCCUCCUCCCGUGCGCGCGGUAAUCGUCGGCAUGAUAGGAAGCUCACCGCAGACCAAACUCUCACAACUGGCAAAAGCAGCCAAUGCAUUUAUGGAUUCCUUAAACGACGAUGCGGCUGACCACGUAUAUGCUUUUUCAAAAAACAAACAGCAGCAGUCUCAUCAAGAAGAACGCGUCAUAACGCUGACCAAAAGACUCGACGAUAACGACAAGGCUCUGCAGCAGAUUAACAACAAACUGGGACAGUUACUAAAUCACAAUCAAACGCGUGGCAGAAAUAAUAAGCGACCCCAACAUUAUUACCGCAACAAUGCACCUUCUAACGAUAGAUCGUCACAACAACUGUGUUGGUACCACAACAAGUACGGCAGAGAUGCACAGCGUUGCAAUAAACCAUGCUCCUUCACAGUGUUCAACGAGGACGACCAAAAAAACUAA